GCUGUGGGUUGACUGACUGCUAGAUGUCCCAGAGGAUCCAGUCGAUGCACCAAAAUACCUUCCGAGGGGACGUAAAAACACUAUCGCAACAGUUACGAACGAAGAAAAGAGAUAACGAUAACUGGGUGCCAAGAAGACCACUCCUCCUAUUUUCCAAGAGGACUAGGAGUACUCCGUCUUAGGAACCACUGCUGUUGCAGGCAGUCGUCUGCAGAGGUUACUGUAUGAAGCUUUUAAGGCCUUUUUGAUUGAUCGGCCACUCGAUGGGGAUUCACAGAGGAGCUCUCACCUGUGUCGCCUCCUGCCCUCCGCCCUGCCGCCUGCACUCCCUCUUCUGCACCUCCUCCACACACAUCAUGAAACUGGUAUUAACUGAAUGGCAAUCGAUAUGGAUUUUUACUGAUUCUAGUAGACAGUAAACCAACUAACACAGAUAGGGAGGAAAAGCCAUUUAAUUUUCACACGUCCUUCUUCACACUAAAUGAACCUGCCUGUGGGGUUCUGAGCUGCCUGAGUUGACACCCUGAAAAACAACCCAAUGCCUCUUUAAGGAACACACAAGGAAUGUAUUGUACGCUUUAAGAGAUGAUUCUUUCUUCCUGAUAACGACAUUCGAGGACAUCGACAGCAGAGGGAGCUACUUUGAGGACGAGCUCACACCUGUCACCGCCAGUGUAUGAAUACAGAGCUAUUUUUUUUAUUUAGUUUUGAAUCUAUUUUUUUUUCUGGAGCCUGAAGGGUUGUGCGUUUGGCUGUGUGCAUGCCGAAGAAGAAGAAAAUGGCUCCCCAGAACUCUGAGGCCGAUGCUAUGCAAGUGCAGGGGGUAAUGGUGGUCCCCGCUGCUAAGAAAACCACCACAGGUUCUGCCUCCAAAGGAGAUGGAGGAGCAGGAGGAGGUUUGGUGCUGGAGUCAUGCCAGGAGGAGUCGGUGAGCGAGGGGUCUAUAGACCGGAUUCCGCUGCGCCAGUGGGUGAUGCACGGAGCCGUCAUGUUCGGACGAGAGUUCUGCUACGCCAUGGAAACAGCCCUGGUUACGCCUGUACUGCUGCAAAUAGGUCUUCCAGAACAGUAUUACAGCCUGACAUGGUUCCUGAGCCCCAUCCUGGGCCUAAUCUUCACACCUCUGAUUGGCUCAGCCAGCGAUCGCUGCACCCUGAAAUGGGGCCGGCGACGCCCUUUCAUCCUGGCCCUGUGUGUGGGCGUGCUGUUCGGAGUGGCACUCUUCCUCAACGGGUCACUCAUAGGUCUUGCCGUCGGCGACGUGCCAAAUAACCAGCCCAUAGGGAUCGUUCUGACGGUGCUCGGAGUGGUGGUGCUGGACUUCAGUGCAGACGCAACAGAGGGUCCCAUAAGGGCCUACCUACUAGACGUGGCAGACACUGAAGAGCAAGACAUGGCCCUCAACAUCCACGCCUUCUCCUCUGGUUGUGGGGGAGCGGUGGGCUACGCGCUGGGCGGUCUGGACUGGACCCACACCUUCCUGGGCUCAAUCUUCAAGUCCCAGGAGCAGAUCCUCUUCUUCUUCGCCGCCAUCUUGUUCACCAUCUCGGUGGCUCUGCAUCUGUUCAGCAUCGAGGAGCAGCGGUAUAGCCCCCAGCAGGACCGGCUGGACGAGGAGGCUGACGCCGCCUCCUCCACUGUCAACAAGGUCAACGACACCCUGGGGAAGCUCCACGGCCACAACACCCCCCACAUGGAGCUCAUUGGAGAGGACGACAUCUAUGACCCUUGUGACCGUUACGAGUUCUACGGAGAGGGGGGCGAGGACGGGCGCUCAUUGCGCGACAUUAACAUGGACUUCCUGGAUGUGGAGAUGGUGAGGUCCAAGUCUGACUCUGUGCUGCAAAUGGCCGAUGCAACACUAGAUCACCUGGACCACGAGGCUCUGUUCCUGCGCCAUAUCGAGCCCUCCAUCUUCGCCGACCACCUGUCAUCCCACCACGGCUCUCCACCACGCCGCAGCAGCAGCACAGGCAGCCAGGACCUCCUCAAAACCUCCAAAAAGAUCUGCCGGCUGUCCCAGUUUCUGCAGGAGCAGGACUGCGACAAGGAGGAGGAGCUGCUCAACAACCAGGUCAACGAGCAGAAGACGCCCAACGGCCGGGCGCACGCCAACGGCUUGGGCCAGGGCGCCAACGGGCACGCCCGCUCAGUCAUGAAGAACUCGGCCAGCACCAACGCCUCCACGCGGCACCGCCGCCACGUCUUCUACCGCCAGCCGUCCUGCACCUUCUCCUACUACGGCCGCGUGGGCUCCCACCGUUACCGCUACCGGCGAGCCAACGCCGCGCUGCUCAUCAAGUCCUCGCGCAGCUUGAACGACAUCUACGAGGUGCAGCGUAGACAGAAGAGGAAACAGCAGAACCCCAGAGCGCGCCACCAGUCAGGCAACACCAACUCCAGCGGGGACACAGAGAGUGAGGAGGGGGAGACGGAGACCACGGUCAGGCUGCUGUGGCUGUCCAUGCUGAAGAUGCCUCCAGAGCUGAUGAGGCUGUGUGUCUGUCAUCUCCUCACCUGGUUUUCCAUCAUAGCUGAGGCCGUCUUCUACACUGACUUCAUGGGCCAGGUCAUCUACCAUGGAGACCCCACGGCUCCUGCUAACUCCACGGAACUGCAGAACUACCACAAAGGAGUUCAGAUGGGCUGCUGGGGGCUGGUCAUCUACGCCCUGACAGCUGCCUCCUGCUCAGCCGUACUACAGAAGUACCUGGACAACUUUGACCUGAGCAUCAAGGUCAUCUACGUCUUGGGUACGCUGGGCUUCUCCAUCGGUACAGCUGUCAUGGCCAUCUUCCCCAAUGUCUACGUCUCCAUGGUGAUGAUCAGCAGCAUGGGCAUCAUCUCCAUGAGCAUCUCCUACUGCCCUUAUGCCCUCCUGGGACAAUACCAUGAGAUGAAAGAGUACAUCCACCACAGCCCGGGGAAUUCCAAGCGGGGCUUCGGCAUCGACUGUGCCAUCCUGUCGUGCCAGGUGUACAUCUCCCAGAUCCUGGUGGCGUCGGCGCUGGGCGCAGCAGUGGACGCCACGGGUAGUGUGCGGGUCAUCCCCAUGGUGGCGUCCGGCGGCUCCUUCCUGGGUUUCCUCACCGCCUGGUUCCUGGUCAUCUACCCAAGUCACGGCGACGCGGAGGCCAAGGGCGAGCAGAAGGCUCUAACAGGACCCGUGUCCGAUAACAGCGUCACGGAGAAACCCAGUGUUCUAAAACUGACAAAGAAAGGUGCCACCACUACGUGUAAAGUGCAGUGCGAGUCCACUCUGUAAUUUGAUGUGAUCGCCAAUUAACUGGAAAGGUCGGAGCUUACUGUAACCAUAGCAAUGCAACGAUCAUCAAAAAAUAAAAACCGACAUUCCUUUUUUUACAACCGGGCCAUUGCCACCCAAUAAUCUGCUGAUGGCUGGGCUUGACCGACCGCUUUCUCAAAGACACACAUGGGCCAUGAUGUGUUAAGGUUUUGACUUGUAUUUCAUUUCAUUUGGGGCCUGUCUCUCGCUCGUCACACUCUAAGGACUGUGGUGUGGCGAGGAGAGGACAGACGUCUCUCCCUCUCAGGGCCACCAGGGGCCGCGAUCGAGGCGGUCCAACUGGACAGGACAGAUCAGGGGACGGUGGAUACACAUGCGACCAACGUUCACGCGCUGAGCUGGGAUCUCUGGAAAAAGACAUGCACUUCACUCUCACUUCCAUUCAAGGGUCAAGAUGAAGGAAAAGACGAAGAGUCUCUAAGAAAUAUUAUAUUCUUCUAAUAAGUGAAGCAUUUGAAAAUGCAGAAAAUUGCUGUUUUGAUUGAACAUGAUUAUUUAGUUUACUUUCCUCUAUAUAUUUUUGACAUUAUGUUGCAGAAGGACAUUGUUAUCACCAAAUGGGCCAGGCCCGGUAUCAUUUACAGGGUUGAUGUAUUACUUUUUGGACUUAAAAGGUUUUUAGUGGCUUUAAGAGGAAACUGCACAUGUAUAAGGAGGUGAUUUCUCAGUUAGGAGAGGAGGGGGAGGAAGGCAUUGUUUGGUAAAUCAAUCAGUUCUCCUAAUUAUUGAAUUUCUAACUGUUAUGACAUACUAAAUUGUAAUAAGACCAGUUACACCAUGUGUCAAACUCAUUCCACACAGAACCGAGUGUCUGCUGGUUUUCGCUCCUUCCUCGUACUUGAUUGAUACAUUUAGGUCACUAAUUAAUAAAGAACUCCCCCUCACCUGGUUGUCUAGGUCUAAAUUGAAAGGGAGAACUAAAAACGCCAGACACUCGACCCUCUGUGAAAUGAGUUUGACACACCUGAGUUACACUAUAUCAACUGUACACAAGCAUUUACCAAACUCGCUCCUGGGGACCACAAGGGGUGCCCGUUUUGGUUUUUGAUCUAGCACUACACAGCUGAUUCAAAUAAUGAAUUCAUCAUCAGGCUUUGAUUAUUUGAAUCAGCUGUGUAGU